AUGGGUUUCGUUAGCAAGGCGAUCUACUUUUCUCUUCACCCAAUUCAAUUGCGGUCAAUCAUUCAAUGGAAGGUUUGGCACAACCCGCCUCAUGAGCGCAAUCCUAAGAACGAUACCGAGACACAAAAGGCAUGCUUCAAGUUCCUUGAUCUGACCAGCCGAAGCUUCAGCGCUGUCAUCAAGGAGCUCCACCCCGAGCUGCUACUUCCCGUUUGUGUCUUCUACCUUGUCCUACGUGGUCUCGACACAAUUGAGGAUGAUACGUCUAUCGAUUUGAAGACCAAGGAACCACUUCUACGCGGAUUUAAGGAUAUUCUGGAGCAAGAUGGCUGGAACUUCACCGGAAACCGGCCCGAGGAGAAAGACCGAGAACUGCUGGUUCAGUUCCAAAACGUCAUCACUGAGUUUAAGAACAUGAAGCCUGCUUACCAGGCGACUAUCAAGGAUAUCACCGACAAGAUGGGCAAUGGUAUGGCUGACUACUGCAUCAAGGCUGCAAGCGAUGAUGCUAGUGUCAAGACCAUUGAGGAAUACGAUCUUUACUGCCACUACGUUGCUGGUCUGGUUGGUGAGGGUCUGACUCGUCUGUUCGUCGAGGCCGGUUUGGCCAACCCUGCUCUCCUCAAACGCUCCCGCCUCCACAAGUCCAUGGGUCUGUUCCUGCAGAAGACCAACAUCAUCCGUGAUAUCCGAGAGGACUUCGAUGAUGAGCGACGCUUCUGGCCCCAGGAAAUUUGGUCCAAGCACGUGGACAACUUCGAGGAUCUUUUCAAGCCCGAGAACCGGGAGCUGGCCCUCAACUGCAACUCCGAAAUGAUUCUGAAUGCUUUGGAACACGUCGAGGACUGCCUCUUCUACUUGGCCGGUCUGAAGGAGCAGAGUGUGUUCAACUUCUGCGCCAUUCCCCAGGCUAUGGCCAUCGCUACGAUGGAACUGUGCUUCCGCAACUACGAUAUCUUUGAGCGCAACAUCAAGAUCACCAAGGGCGACGCCUGUGAAUUGAUGGUGCAGUCAACCCAAAACCUUCAGAUCUUGUGUAACACCUUCCGCCAGUUCGCUCGUAAGAUCCACAAGAAGAACACUCCCAAGGAUCCCAACUUCCUCAAGAUCAGCAUUGAGUGUGGCAGGAUCGAAAAGUUUAUUGAGACCAUUUUCCCAACCCAAAAGGCCGCUGAUGCCCAGCUGCAAGUCAAGGGUGAGCUUACCGCCGAACAGGCGAAGAAACGAGAGGAGGACGCCGAGAACAAGGCUGAUAUCUACUUCAUGAUGAUGCUCAUGGGUGCCGUUGUUCUCUUUGUCGCUGGUACUAUGAUGGGUGUGGCUUGGUUCUUUGGAGCCCGUUUUGAUCUGGCCUGGCAAGAGCUCACAUCUGGUAACUUCCGUCCUCCACCUCAAGUGGCUGCGAAGGCUGCUGCGAAGGCGGCUGCUUCUGUCUCUGCCUCUAUUCGCAAUGAGCUGUGA